GAUGAGUCUCAUCCCUCUCGACAACCGUUCCUGGCUUCUCCUGUAACUGCUUUUAACGAUAGACAAGAUCUCUGUUCGCUUGUAGUCUUGGACAAGGUCAUCUCUUAGAUAUAAUCUGGAGAUCUGCCGUUAGUUAUCCUCAAGAUUUCCUGUUUAGAUAUCAACCUUUUUGAUGACUUGAUCUGGAUCUUUCUGCUUCUGAGCCACUGUACAAUGUUUUUCUCUCUGGGUCAUCUCUAGAGGACAUCUCCCCAGUGCGUCUCGUCCUACGCUAAAAGCUAUUGUUUUGUCAUUGCAGAGCAGAGGCGCCGGAGUUAAAAGUCCCCUCAACUGCAACAACAUGGCGAGAAGAACAGACCCAAGGGAAAGAAACGGUCACGAGAGACUCAACAAAGCAGGAACUGCUUCUUAUCUCGGGAGAUCUCAUUCUAAAAAGAUGGAGAUGUCCAUCAAGAAGAGGUCUGGAGCCGCGGAAAUCGAGGCGAAGGAGGCUUGCGACUGGCUACGAGCAGCAGGAUUCCCUCAGUACGCCCAGCUCUUUGAAGAUUCUCAAUUUCCAAUUGACAUCUCUCCUGUGAAGAAAGAUCACGACUUCUUGGACAAAGACCUUGUGGAACCUCUGUGCCGGCGACUCAAUACGUUGAAUAAGUGUGCCUCUAUGAAACUGGAUGUUAACCUUCCCAAGAAAAAAAGUGAAGACUCAGAUGAAGACGACCUCUUCGCCAUCAGUGACAAAUGGACCUUUGAAUGGACCAGUCGUCGCUGGUCCAGGCUACAGGACAUCGACUGCCUCCUGAGAGGUGUGGAAAACAGGACCCCAGCGGAGAACUCUGCCCUCCGGACGACCACCAGCAGCGAGAGCGUUCUGACUGAUCUGAGCGAGCCGGAGGUCUCGUCGCUCCACAGCGAGAGCAGUGCUGGUAGUGGCAGCAUCCGCACCCACAGCGCAGACGAGUUGGAAGGCUCGCACCGCACGUGCUCGGACUCCGCUGCGAUGCCAGACCGCACACCACUCAGCAUGGCCUCCCUCUCUCCAGAUCUCUCGGGCUAUGGCUCUCUCCCCACGAAGCAUGCAAAGCGAGGACGUACGCGAGCGAAAGAAUUCUUACGCCAAAUGGAGUCGUUGCAGUUACGUGGAGCAAUGGGCGGCCUGGGGAACAGGAGUCUUGUUAUAAGCGCCCCGGUUCUCCAACAGGAACCCCAGGCGGUGACAACUCUCCACUGUGUGGAGAUCAUCAACAGAGACGGACGAUCGACAGAGAUAACGUCCGGUAUGGGAUUGACCUCGCAGUCAAGUAGCGAGGGGAGCGGGAGUCAAUCUAGCGGGAGUACUGUCAGUACACCGAACCUUAAGGAACGCAGCGUCCACAGGGCGGAUCACAAGCGCAGCGGGAUGUACCUCGAGGACCUGGAUGUGUUCUCCAGUGACAUCCAGGGUAAACGGGUGGCGGAGCAGAACCGUCGCAACGAGUUCCGCUCUUACGAGGACCUAGUGGUACACAUUCCCGAAGACCACAAACCUGGAACGUUUCCUAAAGCUCUGUCCAUAGAAAGUCUCGCACCCUCAAUGGAAACCUCCAUCAACUGGCACCCCGCAAGCGUAGACUCGAAUGUCCGACGUCCAACCAGCGUCAAAGAACCUCGCCCCAUCACCCAAUGCUGCACCAGAGGCAGUCGGAUCAGCAUUUAUGACAACGUACCCGGCUCACACCUCUAUGCCAGCACCGGUGACCUCAUAGACUUAGAAAAGGAAGACCUGUUCCCACAUCUGGAUGAUAUUUUACAGCAUGUUAGUGGGCUUCAGCAGAUCGUGGAUCAUUGGUCUAAGAACGUACUGCCUAACAGUGAAAGCGCAGGGCAGGAGCGAGUCGAUCUUGAUGGCGGGAGACAGGGAGACCUGCAGUCGUCCAGUCAGAUCAUACUGGACUUUGAGGGACAUUCAGUGCUGGAGGGUCAGGCCACCUCCAGUGACGGAGAGAGAGACGGGGUAUCGCUUAAUGAAACCGAAUCCACAGGCAUGAGAGAGAGGAGAGACUCUGGGGUAGGAGCUUCACUGACCAGACCAAACCGUUUGCGAUGGCCCAGCUUCCAGAUUUCCAACCGCCUCAGCCGUUCGGUUGCCUGUCUGCAAAUCACCAGUCAGUCGGCAGCUCAGCUCAGCCUGCUGCAGAAGUUUUCCUUACUCCGCCUCACUGCCAUCAUGGAGAAGUACUCCAUGUCAAACAAACACGGCUGGACCUGGUCUGUGCCAAAGUUUAUGAAGAGGAUGAAGGUUCCAGACUAUAAGGAUAAGAAUGUGUUUGGUGUUCCACUGAUUGUACAUGUACAGCGAUUCGGUCAACCCCUACCUCUCGGUGUGCAGCAGGCUUUACGCUACCUCAGGAGUCAGUGCCUCGACCAGGUGGGUCUUUUUCGCAAGUCGGGUGUGAAGUCUCGCAUCCAGGCCCUCCGACAGAUGAAUGAAAAUUCUCCGGACGAUGUUAACUACGAGGACCAGUCUGCGUACGACGUGGCCGAUAUGGUGAAACAGUUCUUCCGAGAUCUGCCUGAGCCUCUGUUGACCAGUAAACUGGGUGAAACCUUCCUCCAUAUUUAUCAAUAUGUGCCCAAAGAGCAGCGCUUACAGGCCGUGCAGGCGGCCAUCAUGCUGAUGUCAGAUGAAAACCGGGAGGUCCUGCAAACUCUCCUCUGCUUCCUGAGUGAUGUCACUUCCUCUGUGCAGGAGAACCAGAUGACACCCAUGAACAUUGCAGUGUGUUUGGCACCUUCGCUCUUUCAUCUCAAUAUCUUGAAGAAGGAAAAUCUGACACCAAGAGCUAUGCAGAUGCAAAGGAAGAUUGCCACUGGAAGACCAGACCAGAAGGACCUGAAUGAAAACCUGGCGGCCACACAAGGCCUCGCACACAUGAUCACAGAGUGCAACCACCUGUUUGAGAUUCCACACGAAAUGGUGACACAAUCGAGGAACUCCUACGUGGAGGCGGAGCUUCAGGCUCCGACGAUAGUGGAACUCUGCAAACAACAGCAGGACGAAGACGGAGAAGAUGAGGGCUCCUGGUCCGCCUUCAUGGAAGCCAGACUUCAGGGUCUCCUCAAAAAAGCCAGAGAGAGAGCCAAAGGCUGGGUGUCCUGUCAGAGCACAGGCAAUACUGAACUCUCAUACAAGAAGGUGGGCGACGGGAACCCGCUGCGACGGUGGCGGGUGGCGGUCGAGGUGGAAGCCCCUCCAUCGGUGGUUUUGAAUCGGGUUCUGCGGGAGCGCCACCUGUGGGACGUGGAUCUGACGAACUGGAAAGUGUGUGAGGUUCUGGACAGGCAGACGGAAGUGUUUCAGUAUGUGCUCAACUCCAUGCCUCCUCACCCCAGCAGAGACUUUUUGGUGCUCAGGUCGUGGAGGACAGAUCUGCCGCGGGGGACAUGCUCUCUGGUGUCUGUGUCUAUUGAACAUGAGAACUGUCCGCCUGUAGGGGGCGUCAGAGCUAUAGUGAUGGAAUCUAACUACCUACUAGAGCCCUGUGGCUCUGGCAAAUCCAGACUUACCCACAUUUGUAGACUUGAUCUGAAAGGGAGAACCCCAGAAUGGUAUAAUAAAGCUUUUGGACAUCUUUGCGCAGCCCAAGCCGCCCGUAUCCGCAACUCCUUCCAGCCGAUCCAGGCAGAGGGUCCAGAGACCAAAAUAUGAGCCGCAUUAUUACUCUUACUUGAGGAAUAUGACAGAUCUCUGCCUGGAGAUUUGAGAUCUCAGAUCCCUCGAGUUCUGACUCAAAAAAUACUUGACUUUUGCACAGUGGGUCUUGUAUGGGUAUAUAAACCCAAGUGGGAAAAUCAUCAACGUACCAGUGUACCUUCAUUUUGUUGAUUUCUGAUAUCUUAUUUUAAUUAUUAUUAUUAUUUGUAUGAUAAUUAUUGUAUUUUUUUAAACGUACAUGAUCUUAUACAAUGUAUAGGAUGCCUAAGCUCUUAAGUGCUUCUGGGAAGCAUGCAUUUUAUUAAAUUAAAAUAAAGAAAGCUAUAUUUGCACAUGCAUGAACCACAUGUCCAUGUAUGUGUUUGUUUGUGUGUAUGUGUGGACAUACAACCAACUUGUAUAGAUUAUAUAUACAUUAUAUAUUUAAAUGCUCAUGUAGUACACACAUUUUGCAUACAUGUGUUGAUAUCUUUUGCACAGAUAUCAGUGUAAUUCAUAUGGUACAAAAUGUAACUCAAUUGUAAGCUGGGUUUACUUUGCUUUGUGUUUUUGUUGUAAUGUUUGUCUAAGAAUGGGUCUAAUAUUCAGGUAUUUACGUUCGCAUGUAAAAGAAUGAACAAAAUGACUUGGGUUUGAUUUUCUCAGACCUGCUUAUAUUACUGGAUAACUUUAAUUAAAAAUAGACAAAGAUUUUUAAUUAAAGUAUGUAAGAAUGAAUUAAUAUUAA